AUGAAUAGCGAGGCUAGUGGAUCUCCACAGCAGCGUAUCAUCACCUCCGAACAGUGGGUUUUCGAUCGCAGCGCCAAGGAUGACGUACAUGCGGACUGUAGGCCACGCAAGGCGUCGUCAUCUACCAAGGAAGAGCGCGAAUUGAGGCGGCGCCAGCGGGAGCUCGAGAAUGAGCAGUUACAACAGGAAUACAAUACUGUACGGCAAGAAAAUGCUAAGCUGAAGAACGUGAUUGCGCGUUUGCGCCAGGAUAUCGACGUCUACAUGCAACUACUGGCGGGUUCGGCGCCUGCCGGCGGAGUGGCGGCGGCGGCAGCUGCGCUGCCGCUGCCGCCACAGCGCUCACGCGCACAGCCAAUCGACGAUCUGCCUCCGAUGGAGACCAUGCUGGUCAACACUGCCAAACGGCGCAAGCACACAGCUGCCGCUCGUAAUCAGGCGCCAGCCUCCGCAUCGCACGCGCGCGCUUCCGGCGACGUGCCGGUGCUGAAGGACACACAGGCAGACGUGAUGUUGGUGGGCCCACCGGGCGACGGCGAGGUAGAGCCCGACGACCUGGCACUGAUGCGCCGUUUGAAAGACGUGCUUGCUCAGAUGGAAUGA